GGGUCCCACUGUGGCGAGAGAGGGGCACAACGCCUCCUGCUGGACACACAUGCCAGAUGGGCACAGGGAACCACACAAACACACACACACACACACACAUACAGACAGACAGUUCAUGGUGUUGUGGAGGUUGUCAAGAAAACAGUGGUGGUCUCAGAGGAAUCAGCCAAGACCUACAGUAGGUGACCGACACCAGUGUGAAGAAGCAUUUCACAAGGGAACCGAGCAGUCCAGAGAGCAGAGGAGUGCCUCACAGCAGGAUUUCACACAACUGAAGCCCCAAAACCAAAAUUUUCCGCCAGAAGGAGAGAGCAGCAGAAAAGCCCUGUAGGCCGAAGAGAUGGACAGCCAGAGAAAAGCUGGAGGAGAGGGAGGAGGAGGAGAGAGGAGACAGACGGAGGAGGAGGAGGCCGGAGAGAGUGAUAAGAGGAGUAAAGAGCAGCGGAACAAGGCGGAGAAGGGUGAGAAGGAGAAGGGAGAGAAGGAGAAAGAGAAGAGAGAGAGCAGGAGGUCAGUCUCUCAGUACAGAGGAGGGUGGGCUUUGACCGAGCGUCUGGCCAUCAAUGUGUCCGGCAUGCGGUACGAGACCCAACUGCGCACACUGGCCCAAUUCCCUGACUCCCUGCUGGGUGACCCGCACCGACGCCUGCGCUACUUCGACCCGCUCCGGAAUGAGCUCUUUCUGGACCGAAACCGCUUCUGCUUCGACGCCAUCCUCUACUUCUACCAGUCCGGCGGACGCCUGCGCCGGCCAGCCAAUGUACCGCUGGACGUCUUCAUGGAUGAGCUGCGCUUCUACGAGUUGGGCGAUGACAUCAUGGCCCGCUUCAAGGAGGAUGAGGGUUUCCCUAAGGAGGAGCCGCGACCUCUGCCGGAGAACGAGCUCCAGAGGAAGCUGUGGAUGCUGUUUGAGCACCCGGAGUCAUCCGGAGGAGCGCGCAUCAUCGCCAUCAUCAGCGUGAUGGUCAUUGUAGUGUCCAUUCUCAUCUUCUGUCUGGAGACACUGCCGGACUUCAGGAACGAGAGAGAACUGAGAGAGCAACAUACACACCCCCUCCAUCACUCCAACCCCAACUCCACAGUGCCGCAUUCGUCGGUCUCCUCAGUCUUCCUGGAUCCGUUCUUCUUGGUGGAGACCAUGUGUAUCUUCUGGUUCUCCUUCGAGCUCCUGAUGCGUUUCAUCUGCUCUCCCAGCAAGACGCACUUCUUCAAGGAUGUUAUGAACGUCAUUGACUUCUUCGCUAUCAUUCCUUACUUCGUCACACUGGGCACAGAGCUGGCCAAGGCCAAAGGAGGAACGCCCACCAUGUCUUUGGCCAUCGUCAGGGUCAUCCGUCUGGUCAGAGUCUUCCGGAUCUUCAAGCUGUCGCGUCACUCCAAGGGCCUGCAGAUCCUGGGCCAGACGUUGAAGGCCAGCCUGAGGGAGCUGGCCCUGCUCAUCUUCUUCCUCUUCAUUGGAGUCAUCCUCUUCUCUAGUGCGGUCUACUUCGCAGAAGUGGACAACCAGGACACAGCCUUCACCAGCAUCCCCGAGGCCUUCUGGUGGGCCGUGGUCUCCAUGACGACGGUUGGCUACGGUGACAUGUACCCAGUUACGGUCGGGGGGAAGCUGGUAGGGUCCAUGUGUGCCAUCGCCGGCGUGCUGACUAUUUCACUGCCCGUCCCGGUCAUAGUGUCCAACUUCAGCUACUUCUACCACCGCGAGAUGGAGUGUGAAGAUAGCCAGGAGUACACACACAUCAGCACAUCACUGUGGGAGAAGGAGGAGGACAGCGAAGGAGAGGGAGAGCGAGAGAGAGAAGGGGAGGAGGGGGACUAUGUACCCCUAGACGGAGGUGAGGGAUGCAGGGGCAUCUGUGCUCCGCUGAACGGGACGCUGCUGGCUGGACUGUGUGCAGGAGAGCAGAGGAGGGGAAACGUUUUUACACGAGAACCACUGGUCACUCAGGUCUGAAAGAGAUAGAAAGAAAAAGACAGAGAGAGACAAACAGAAGAUAUGGGAGGAGAGAGUGAAAUAAAGAAAAAAAGAGUGAAAGUGAUCACAGGCAGGUAGGGAAAGAGUGAAGAGACUAGGGAAAAAAGAGUGUGAAGAAAAGAGAGAGAAAUUUAAACAUAACACAGUUAUGCCAAUAAAACCUCUUCCUGAGUUGAGAGAGAGAGAGAGAGAGAGAGAGACAGAGAGAGAGAGAGAUGGUAGAGAGCUGUGAAGAGAGGAGUGGGCCGACCUGCCUGGCUGAAGAGUCUCUAAAUGCAUCUGAAGAACCUGAAGGGAAGACAUGGACAAGAGUGUGCAAACCACGCACAUCAACAGGAACAAGAGGAGAAAACAGGAAUCAUCCAGCUCAGCGGGCUUCCACAAACACAUAGACACCACUACAGCACAUGCAAGAUCUUCAUAUUCUGACAUUUCUAUAACUGUUUAUCUACAUUUGUGUUAUUAUUUAUCUAUUUAUUCUAUUUUAAUAGGUGGACAUUCCACUGAAUUUUCACAUUUUCUGCUCAAUCAUUAAUAAAUAGACACUUAGAGUAGCUGUAGAGAAUCAUACCAACUUGAACUUCUACACAGUGGUGGCAAUAGGAACCAGUCUACAACACAAAUAAGGCCAUUUUCUUUACUAUCCAAAACAAUCAGUGAACCUAUACGUCUUCUGAGUUCAUAUGUGAAAUGCUGUUGAUGAUAAAACAGUGGUAAUUUUUGGGGGGGUACUGUUUUAACAGCUUACAGGAUUAAAUUAGCGCAGAGAUUUUGAAAAAUUGGUGGAAUUUCCCUUUAAAGAGUAGCAGUCAUUGUCUUAACGUUAGAAUCGGUGUGGAGAGCAUGAUAAUAGAGCUGGCUGAAAGACUGCAAUGGCACAAACAAUCACCCCUGAACUUCACAGGGCAGAAGGUGACCCGAGUCGAAUGCCUGUUGUUAGGAUGAGAAUCAGAAGGAAAGUCUUAAAGAGCUCAGCCAAAAUACAAGAAAAUGGGCUUGAAUAAGCUGAUGUGGUUUGUGUGUACAUGUACUGUGUGUAUGAGUGUGUACUUUGUGUACGAGUGUAUGUGUGCUUGAAUGCCUUUUAGGUUGAAGCUACAGAAGUGUAUUUAUUCUAGAAACCAGUGUGACCCUUAUUUACAAAUGAAUAUUUAAUAAAAAAUAUUUUCAUCAAUUAA